CUGCCGGCACCGUCAUCUGCUCCGACAUAAGGUCAUGAGGGGACAGGCUCAUCGCUUCCACCGGUAUUACUUGUGGGCGCCUUAUAAGUCUCAGAUACCUGCCGGGAUUGAGCAGUGAUACCAAGAUGUCCAUCAAGACGCUAAUCUGUAUCUUCUACCUGCUGCCUCUCGCGUCUCUUCUUCAGGAGAUCCUACUUGAUACAACGCAAGAAACCUCAGAGAUUGGCUGGUCAACCCGCCCAGAAGGAGGGUGGGAUGAAGUCAGUGCUUUGGAUGGGCAGCGGCACCUCCUGCGUACCUAUGAAGUCUGCAACUCCUACGUUCAACGCUCCAACCAGAGUAACUGGCUACGCACAGGCUAUAUUCCCAGCCGCAAUGCUCGACGUGUAUACGUCACGUUACGUUUUUCAGUACGAGACUGUGCCAGCCUACGGCCACCACCGUCUCGACGUCACCUGGCCUGCAAGGAAACAUUUACCCUAUAUUAUCGCCAAGCAGAUAGCGCCAUGGAAGCUGAGGAUUGGGAAUGGUCGGAAGAGUCUUGGAUAAAAGUAGACACCAUUGGAGCUGGUAAAAGCUUUACAAGAGACCCAGGAAAAGGUGGGCAGGGUCCUCGGAUGGACGAGAGAACUAUUGAUUUUGGACCUAUAGAAAGAAAUGGAUUCUACUUGGCCUUUGUCGAUUCGGGAGCUUGCCUAUCUUUGGCCGGAGUAAAAGUUUAUUUUCACAAGUGCCCAGCUACUAUAAGGAGUCUGGCAUCCUUUCCUGAGACCCCAUCAAGUGGAGAAGGUGGAGCAUCACUGGCGGAAGCCACCGGAAACUGUAUAAAUGGCGCUCAUCUUGUGGGGACAACACGGCUCAGUCUACACUGCGGAGGAGAGGGUGAAUGGAUGGUGUCCAGUGGAAGCUGUGCCUGUGACCCGGGGAGAGAAGAGAGUGAAGAAGGAACUGAAUGUCGGGCCUGCCCACCUGGGACUUAUAGUCCCCCAGACGCAGCAGCUGCUCAUUGCCAUACCUGCCCAAACAACAGCAACACCACAACGUCCGGUGCCCGCAGCUGCACCUGUAAUAAGGGAUUUUACCGCAUCCCAGAGGAAUCCCAGGAAUCCCCUUGUACUGGACCUCCCUCAGCUCCGUGGGACUUGAACUAUGAAGUCACCGGCCCCGGAGCUGUGUCUCUGACGUGGAGAACCCCGAAAGACAUGGGGGGCCGCCCAGAAAUCAUGUACUCGGUGGCAUGUAAGGAGUGUGUGAACGGGCGCUGCCUCCGCUGCGGCAAUGGAGUAACAUUCAGGCCUGGACAGGUGGGGCUCACCCAGACCAGGGUCCAGCUGUCCGGACUUCUACCUGGGGUGGCCUAUACUCUGGAGGUGCAGGCAACCAAUAGGGUGUCGGAAAUGAGCGCUGAACAUCCUAAAUACGUGUCACUGAACGUCAGCAUCAGUCAGUCGGUCCCAUCUGCCGUCCCCAUCAUCCACCAGGUGAGCCGCUCCAUGCAGAGCAUCACAUUAACCUGGCCCGAACCAGAACAACCCAACGGGAAGAUCCUGGACUAUCAGCUGCGAUACAGAGAGAAGGCUGAUGAGGGGGAGUCUCUGUCUCUGAUCAGUGAAAUCAACACGGCAACAGUCGGUGGUCUCAACCCAGGGGCGAUCUAUUCCUUCCAGGUGAGGGCAAGAACGGAGCGAGGCUAUGGAGCCUACAGCGGAAACAUGUACUUCCAGACCUUGCUGGAAGGUGGCGAGAAAUCAGAAUUAUCCCAGGACAAGCUGCCUCUUAUAGUCGGCUCCUGCCUCGGUGCUUUGGCCUUCAUUGGUCUCUCCAUCCUCCUGGUCCUGAUACUUCUUUUUAAAAGUAAAAGGCGAGAGACUCCGUACACCGACAGACUGCAGCACUACAUCAGCUCGAGAGGUUUAGGUGUAAAAUACUACAUUGACCCUUCCACAUAUGAGGACCCCACGGAGGCUGUGCGAGAGUUCGCUCGAGAGAUUGAUGUGUCGUUUGUGAAGAUCGAAGAAGUGACUGGAACUGGAGAUUUUGGCGAUCUUUGUCGUGGUCGUCUGUGUCUACCUGGAAAGCGAGACAUAGUUGUGUGUAUACGUACUCUGCGCACGGGGAGCAAUGACAAAGAGCGGGGGGACUUCCUCGGUGAGGCCAGCAUCAUGGGACAGUUUGACCAUCCCAACGUUGUGCGUCUAGAAGGGGCUGUGACCCGCAGUAGGCCCAUCAUGAUCCUGACAGAGUACAUGGAGAACGGAGCACUGGAUGCAUAUCUCAGGCAGUGUGAGGGUGGUCUCUCCGCCCUGCAGAUGGUCUCCAUGCUUCGCGGUGUAGCAUCGGGUAUGCGAUAUCUGUCAGACAGAAGUUAUAUCCACAGAAACCUUGCAGCUCGCAGUAUCUUAGUGAAUGGACAGUUAGUGUGCAAGGUGUCCGGACUACGUGGACCUCUAGACGUGGUCGGGAGACAGUCUCUACGUUGGAUGGCACCAGAAGCCCAUCAGCAUCGCAAGUUCUGCAGCGCCAGCGAUGUGUGGAGUUAUGGGGUGGUCAUGUGGGAAGUCACCUCCUAUGGGGAGCGACCCUACUGGGACAUGAGCAACCAAGAGGUUUUAGAUGCUAUAGAGCAGGAGUACCGGCUUCCCCCUCCUCCAGACUGCCCCAGCGCUCUUCACCUCCUCAUGUUGGACUGCUGGCAACGGGAUCGGACCCAAAGGCCCAGAUUUGAGCAGAUUGUCAGCUCUUUGGACCGGAUGAUCAGGAAUCCUAAUUGUCUGAAGACAGUGGGAGUGUCAAGCAGCAGACCCUCCCAGCCGCUCCUCAGCAAUUGUCCUCCAGACUUCCCCUCCCUGUCCUCGCCCCACGAAUGGCUGGAAGCAAUAAAGAUGGAGAGAUACAAAGAAAACUUCGACAAGGCGGGAUAUACCACGCUGGACGCCAUCUCCCGACUGACAGCAGAAGACAUCCAGUUAAUCGGUGUGACACUUUCUGGUCACCAAAAGAAGAUUCUUAGCAGUAUUCAGCUCCUGAAGGCCCAUCUACAACCCCUGGAGCCGGUGGAAGUUUGAAGAAUUGACAGAUCUCCGACACUGAUAAACAGAUGAGCCGAUGCCGGGAGCGGGGUGACUCCGGGAUACGGUCAGGAGACAUUGACGUACACAGAAAUACUCAGACAUUUAUACAAGGAGGUGGGGCUGGGUCAGUGACUGCAUAAAGUCCUGGGAAGAUGGGUGACAAGGACAUCGGAGGUUAUACAAAGUAGACCUCCUCCAGAAGGAAGAGGACCACCCCUGAAACAGGACCCAGUAUUGUUAGCCAAGCCAGAAGAAAAUAUCUCCAAUAGGUGGCACCGGAGAGCAAUCUCUCUUCCAUCUGGAGGAGAGCUAAUUUGUAUAUGUUUUUUUUUUUCCCAGUUAAACAUUGUACGACCUAUAAGACUCCACAUGCCUUCUGGUGCUCUCCUCAAGGGGAAGCAUGUCAUUAAUAGGAUGAUGGAAAAUUCCUCAGAGAUAGGGAAAAGGUCCUGAAAAUAUGUUGCUACCUAUCAAUAACACAAAAUGUUCUAGAAAGUUGCUGAUUUCUUAUUAUUUAUUCUAGAUUUGUACUCCUUUUAAUACCAUCUUAAAGAAGCACUCCGGGAUUUUUUGGUUUAUAUAGUGCUGCAUUGGCUAUUAUUAGAGAAUAAUGUAGAGGUUCUUGUG